AUGAUCCUAUUGUCCCGACAGAUUGCUGGGGCGGACUUUGGCCUUGAUUUUGGGAUGGGCAAUGAUAGGCAGGAAAGACAGCAGAUGCGGCAAAGAGGUGCUGGUGUCCGCUCUUCCAAAAGAAGAAGGCUUUCACUUGCUAACGACCAAACGCCGACGCUGUCACGGGCUUCUGCGACAUCGGCAAGUGUACGGACGACUAGAAGUUCUUCGAGAAAGGAAUCGUCUAUUUUCGCCAUAGCUGAAGAUGACGAGUUGGAAGUCGACGAAUCAUCAACUCCACGAAACAUUGAAAGACCCGCUUCAGCAGCUAGUGUUCCCAAAACAGUAGCAAAUGAGCAUGAUCCGGAAAAGGAGAACGCGUUUGCUGGCCGCCGUGAGGUCGACUUGAACGCUACUCCGGACCCUGCAACACUAUUCUUCAAAACAAAAACUGUCCAAGAGCCAGACCUCGAGUCGAAUCCGCCAGAAUUUGGAGAGGACGAUUUGGUCAUCGAACAUGAUACUGCUCCACUUAGUCAACCAAACCCAGAACCAGAAGUUGAAGCCGACAUUCAACCACAGGUGCUCCUCGCUUCUGAGCCUGAAGUUGUUGCCGCCAAAAGCUCAAGGCCGCAGAAGCGAAAGAGGCGUUCAGUCGUGGGUGCACGCAAGAAAAAGCGACACUCGAACGAGUCUAAUAUUUCGGCCGCAACUGACGCUGGGUUCAUCCAAAAUGCAGAGUUGCAAGAUCUGUCGGAGAAUCUGGCGGAGCCCAGUCUGUUGGAGCAAGGGAAUGAAGAAAGCGCGGUAGAUCGAGACCCCGAGCCUUCUCGUCUACGGAGAAUCGCCCCAAGACGGGAUUUCACUCCAGAGGCAGAUGAAGAGGAUGGUGAUGAGACCUACAUUCAGGAUGCAUCACCAGAACCUCCAACACCAGCGCCACCCAAGAAAACGACUAAAAGACGAAUACACCAGCAGGAGCCCAGUCAAGUCGAGGGCCGGAGAAGAGGAAAAACACCAAUGCCAACAUUCCCUGUUCUGACUCAUCGGAUGACCAAGGUGUCAGCACUUUCAACAGUACAAGAAAAUGCCGAUGAAGAUGGUCAUGCAGUAGAUUCUGGUAGAGCUACUCCAACUCUACCUCUUGAACGUUCGCAGCCAAAUGUUGUUGAUGUUCUCGCACAGAUAUGUCGCGAGACCAUUGCCAAUUUGAUCAACAGCAUGUCUCAAAAUACCCGAUCCGCUGACCGCACUGCUAUCAAGACCAAGAGAGCCGCUUUCAAAGCAUUUGGUGAAGACUUGGACGAGGAGCUGUUCCAAAUGUCUGAAGCUGUCGAGAAUCGCAUUGAGCUUGAAGCCCGUGUGCGAAAAAGUAAGAGGGAGAAGGCCGGCUUGCAAGCGGAGUAUUCUGAGAUUCGAAAGCAGAGAGAGCAGAUUGCUCUGAAGUGCGAUUUGGUGAGAAGACGGCACUGGGAUUGUGAACAAGAUGUGCGAGAGAAAUGGAACAUCAGUGAAACUGCAAGGCGGGUUGAACUCGAUGUGGAAAGAAACGAAGAGGAGGUUGAUGAGGGGAUUGAAUUUUUGUUACGAAGUGUUGCGAACGAUGUGAGUAACUCAUCUGAUGCUGGAGGGAUUCUGGACAGGACCAAAGCAUUUAACGCACAGUUGGAAAUGAUGGCUCUGAUGUUGGAGAGGCGGCAAAGUUGA